GUAUCAAAUGGAGUUGCCCAGAGAAUUGUCAACAGGUGUGCAGUGACAUUUCAGAACCAGAAGUGCGAGCAGGAGAUGCUGUGAGAGCGAGGCAAAGCAUUUAAGCUGACAUUCAGACUGAAAAGCUUUUUCAUCGGCCUUUUCAUACGAUAAUCCUCAUCAGAAUAGAUGGCAGAAGUCAGUUCUUCUGCAAACAUCAAGGAGAAGAUCAGUGCAGUCCGAUCAGUUGUUCCUAACAAAAGCAAUAAUGAAAUAGUUCUGGUACUGCAGCAGUUUGAUAACAGUGUAGACAAAGCAGUUCAAGCGUUUAUGGAUGGUAGUGCAGCUCAGGUUCUAAAAGAAUGGAAUAUGACAGGGAAAAAGAAGAACAAUAAAAGAAAAAGAAGCAAAUCUAAACAGUAUCAAGGCAAUAAAGAUGCUAAAGAUAAAGAUGAUGGAACUGAAAAGGUAUCUCUAGAGCCCCAUGGGAUAUAUGGCUGCCAUUUGAAUGGAUGUGAUAAAGAUACCUCUUCAAGUGACUCUGCCAAUGACAAAUCAGAAAAGAUGUCUCAUGAGGACAAAAACCCAGGAUUUGCAGAUGUAAUACAGAUGCAUCCAGAAAUUGCAGACAAAGGACUAGAGCAUAAAAGAGGAGGAGUGGAUUUAAACCACAAGUCUAUAAAUGGAACAGAACAGUGUGAUACUUUUCAAUCAUCAGUUCAACCUCACCAUAAUCUAGGCAGGCCAAAGUCAAAAGCAUCUAUAGUUAAGUCAUCAAACCCAGCAGCCCAUCUUGAAAAAAAACCAGAUGAUUCAAUCAAGAAAAGAGGUCCGAACAUUGAAAAAUCAGUUAAAGAUUUGCAGCGUUGCACUGUUUCUCUAACCAGAUACCGCAUGAUGAUCAAAGAGGAGGUAGAUAAUUCAGUGAAGAAGAUCAAAGCUGCUUUUGCUGAUUUACACAGUUGCAUCAUAGACAAAGAAGUGUCAUUAAUGGCAGAAAUUGAUAAAGUUAAAGAAGAAGCCAUGGAAAUCUUGAAUGCUCGUCAGAAAAAAGCUGAAGAGCUGAAAAGACUGACAGACCUAGCAAGUCAGAUGGCUGAGGCACAGCUAUCUGAACUACGGGCUGAAAUUAAGCACUUUGUGAGUGAACGCAAAUAUGAUGAAGAACUGGGUAGGUCUGCCCGAUUCACCUGUGACAUAGAACAGCUGAAGACCCAAAUUCAGCAAUGCGGAGAAAUUUCUCACCCAAAGAACAAUUACUCUUCGAGAACAUCAUGCAGUUCGAUAUUGUCUUCUGUGACUUCAAAUCUGUCCACUGGCAAGCAAAAUACACAUCCCCGAAAAGCCUCUAGUAAUAUGAAGAACUCUGAAAGUAAAACAGGAAGCACUAAAAUGCCAAUUUAUGUUCCUUCCAAUCCCACAGAACCCACUACACAAGUAAUCCCAAUGAAUAAACAGAAUGGGCCCUUUAUCCAGCGACGAAGAUUCAACCCACAGCAUCAAAGCUUCCGGCUUAAUGGGUCUGGCAAGUCACAAAGUACCAAUGAGACAGAUCAGAAUAAUAUAAAAAGCGGCUCCAGAUCUGAACACAGAAGACAGCAGCAUAAUAAUUUCAGACCCAAAAACAAAGGAGCUACAAAAAACCAAGACCCAUCUGCAGCUACAAGGACCACAGAGAAUCUUACACACUCAGAAAAGACCCGACGAAAGCAUCAUACACCAGACAGCACAGAACCCAGGUCUUUCCGAAACAGCGUUGCUAGGGUCUCUCAAUGCAAUUUAUGUCCUGCAAGGAUAGAAGUCUCUGCUGAUGCCACUGUCCUCUCAGUGCCAGCUGUGACUUUGGUGGCUUAAAUUCUCACAAUGGAGAGAGGGAGCAAUUUAAUCUCUUUUCAGUUUCUCAGUCAAGGUGCUUGUUGAAAUACUGACAAAAAAUUGUCUGUCAGAACAUACAAUCAGUUGAAAUCAGUUGCUAUUUGAAACCUGCUAGUAUUUUUAUUCAUUCUAAUUAUGAGCAGUAACUCACUUCAUACUUUUAAAGCUUUGCACAAUAUGCUCAAGGUUAUUUUGUCAUGGCAAUGCAGAAUUUUAGCCAGGCAGCAUUUAGUACUUACUUAUAAAAAUAAAAUCCAGAUUGAAAAAAUAAAGUGAAGACCAAAUGCACAGUAGCCUGAUGCCUGUUAUAGAUAUGUGGUUGUACAAGUCCACUUGUUGUUUUUAGAGCAGCUAAUGUUAGGAAAGUUACCAGGAACUUCGUACAUGAUGGUCUGCAAUGAAACUGGAUGCUCUUGUAGAUUUUAUCCUGAAAAAUUUCUAUACAUCUUUUUCUCUCCAUAUAUACAUAUAUAUUAUAUACACACAGUAUUGCUCUAUACAAAACAAAUUAAAAAAAUAAUACAUUUGA